AUUGAGGUCAGCAUCGCUGUGCUGUGGGAAGGCCCACGAGGUGAUCCAUCGCAGGUCAAGGCGCAGAAGGUGGUCGUCCCAACGAUGACCGAGAUUCUCAAGCAGGUGCAGCUUUGGCAGCAGGCGCAAGAGCUCAACCGAGACGAGUUGGCCUGAAUGGUCGUCUUGGCUAUGUGGCCAGUAUAAACUGACGCAGAUCGUUCCGUCGACGCCGUGCUUACUGUGUGUGUGCGAGGCACUUUGACGUCCUCGAGACCUUCUUUCUUGAUUAUGCUGCUUUCGUCGUGUUCAGACGCACACAUGAGGUUCAUCGUGUGCGUCGCGUUUCACGCUGUACUCUAUCUCAUUUUUGCUGAUGUCGAGACCUUCUUUCUUGAAUAUCGUUGCUGUCUUGCUUUCGUUCCCUUCCUGCUAUUUAGCGUGCUCCGCACCGUGUAGUCUUUCAGUUGUACUCUUCGAUUUCCCAUUAUCCCCCACUAUCCACAGAGACCCGACUGAUCUCUGCAUCAUAACAGUACGUCGACUACUCACGAGCGGAGGAGAGUCACUGGCGUGCUGUGUGCUGUGUUCC